UGUUGGCACCCCGUUAGAUGUCGGCGCGUGUGGUGAACUCCCGCAAAACAAAUCGAUAGAUAGACUUUUGAAAUGAGGGAAGGUAAAAUGUAUAAAAUACAUGUACAGUCGUGUUUGUUAGUUGUGUUCCUAGUUUGUGUGUGUGUAUUAGAUGGUAGAGUAUUAACGAGAAGAAGUUUUUCAGAUCAGUCUGUUAAGGGAUACCUAACGGAGAGGACAUGCUGGUGGAACGAAGUGUGCAAAGAGGAGUUCCAGAGCCAGUUCAAGUGCAAAUGUCCGGAAUGGUCGUUCUGUAGGGCACCCGGUCGCUACUACAACGCAUUCUGUUCGAUGACUGCUACCGGUUAUAUUUGGGAGCAGCCCAGUUUGAACGAACCGCAUUAAUAAACAAUACAAUCAGCAAUGUUGCUUUUCCAUUUUUGGGAUCAAAAUAUGUCUAAUUCCUUUACAUAUAUUUUGGAUAUUAUAUUUAUACAUUGCAAUCAUUUUUGAAUGGCACUUGUUUGCUCAAUUGGACGGAGACAAUGCACACGAUAAUUUAAUUUUUAAGAUUUGUUUUAUACUAAAAUAUUAAAAUAUAAAAUUUGAAUUUUG